UGGCUAGUAGCCAGUCAGUCUGUGCUCUGCCUUGGCCAGCAGCAGACGGAGCCGUACCGCCGCGAUCCAUUCGAAAGGAACCGAAAACCCCAAGAUCGCGCUCUUUUAUUUCGAAUUUUUGGUUUUUGGUCUGCUUCGCGUGCAAUAUAGCCGUUUAUUUUGGUUGUUAUCGCUAGUUCGCCUCGAUUUUUAGUUGGUAGAUUAACGAAAUUUUAUUUUAGACGAGCCGGGCAGCUCAUAAAAACCAAACAGUUCAUUCAUAAACAAUUAGCCUGGGGCCCAGCCAGAGAUCUCCGUUGCACCGCUUGCAGCUUUAAUGGUAAACAUCGAGGAACGUGCUUUGUUCCAUGUGCGUGUGGAUUGCCCCUUGCCAUCGUCCAGAGAGCCCUAGGAGGGGAGCGUGAGCCAAGACCUGAGCCAUAAUGAAGCGCGACGUGUCCACGUCGACCAUCGGUCGAGAUGAGGUUCGCCGACCGCUGAUGGAGGCCUAUAUGUUCCAGCGGCGAGUUCUGCUUGGCUGUAGCCUGCUCAUGGCCGUUUCCCUACUGAUCUGGAUAGUGGCCAUUUCGACCGACCACUGGAUCAUCAUUUCCGGCGGAAAGGGAAUUUUCAUUCCCGAGUCGCGGCGCUUCUUCAUGUCCUCUCACUCAGGAUUGUGGCGACACUGCAGAAACACCAUUGUGCCAAAUGCCUUGAGCAAUGCCCAGGUGGUGCGCAAUUUUAGUUCCAUGUCAUACACUUCGCAGACGAACAUCAACGAGGCCAAGCGGAAUCUUUCUCACAUGGAUUUCAUUAAGGAUUUUGCACAGGAGAAGCUGGAUACAUCGGACAACUUCACGGAAUCCGCGCGACGACACAUGUUUGCCCAUUGGGUGCGAGGGGAGGACGAAGAGUUCCAGACGCUGCGAAAUGCCUUCCGCACUUUAGUGAUGAAUACCGAUGAGAACCAAAGGCAGUUUAAUGCCACGGCCAAUAAGCCCAUACCCAUUAACCCGCUAGACGUGAACGGAAUUAUUGAGAGGAAAACUUUUGGCUCGGCGCUCCAGCGAGUUAAGUACAACAACACCUGGUCGUACUACGUGAUUCCUGAGGUGGCGCAAUUGGCCAUUUUCACUAACUGGACGGAUUAUCCUCUUGUGGUUCGUCUGCUGGGCACCUACAUUCGGGAUAUAAAUAUUCCUGCUUAUGUGCUGAACGACGAGCGUGUGAUCCUAAUCCUAGUGCCGCCAUUGCAGCCCAAGAAAGGCCAGCCCACAUAUUACACCUACAUCCCGAAUCAGCGCUGCAAGUAUAUCGAUAUGUUCCCUAACUCCAAUGCCCUACGAAAUGAGCCCGGUUUCGAUGAUGAACUACUGGUCUCUUGGUAUUCCCUUUCAGACUAUAUCCGGACGCAGGCGUCCUUUGCCUGCAUAACUCUGUUCGUGAUGAGCCUUGGCGCCGUUUUCUCCUUUUACACGUUCAUGAAUCCGCGGUACAUGUUCAAGCGUUUGGCGGGCGGCAUCCAUUUGGUUGCCGCCUCAACAGCCUUAGUGGUGCUGCAGGUGCUUUUCUCAUCGAUUGACUACACCAGGGAACAUCUGUUUUACGCAUAUCCUGACGGAGCACAGCUAACCUAUGGCUAUGGCGUUUUCUUGGCCUGGUUCACGUUUGCUGACAAUAUUCUGUGCGGUGUUAUGUUCCUGUGGUACUCUGGCAAGAAGAAGGGCGCCAAGGCGCCCAAUGACGAGGUGGCAAUGGCGGAUGAGCCCACUAUCAUGGGUAGAUAACUGCAUCUGCAUCGGGCCACGAUGACCGGAUACCCUUUUCUGUGGGAUAUCCCUCCUGCGACCAAAGACCAAAGCAACCGGCAUAAUUGUCGCCGUUGCUUUUCAUUUCACUAUUGUUAUUUGUUGUUUUCAUAAUGGCUGUAUUUAAAAUGUUCGCUUUAUAACUAUAAGAAUCUCAAGGCAAUAAAGGAAUUGUUUUCAGUCA